CAGCAAGCGGGCGGGGGCAGCAGCGAGCGACCGUCCGGCCGGGCCCGCGGGCGGCAUGGGGCGGGUGCAGCUCUUCGAGAUCCGCCUGAGCCACGGCCGCAUCGUCUACAGCCCCGGGGAGCCGCUGGCAGGGACCGUGCACGUGUGCCUGGGGGCGCCUCUGCCCUUCCGAGUGAUUCGGGUGAGCUGCACAGGCUCCUGCAGGGUCUCCACCAAGGCCAACGACACAGCGUGGGUGACGGAGGAGGGCUACGUCAACAGCGCUCUGUCGCUGGCUGACAAAGGGAGCCUGCCUACUGGAGAGCACAGCUUCCCCUUCCAGUUCCUGCUUCCUGCCACGGCACCCACGUCUUUCGAGGGCCCCUUUGGGAAGAUCGUGUACCAGGUGCGGGCCACCAUCGACACGCCGCGUUUUUCCAAGGAUCACCAGUGCAGCUGUGUGUUCUACAUCUUGAGCCCUCUGAACCUGAACAGCAUCCCGGACAUCGAGCAACCCAAUGUGGCCUCCACCACCAAGAAGUUCUCCUACAAGCUGGUGAAGACGGGCAGCGUGGUGCUCACCGCCAGCACCGACCUCCGUGGCUACGUGGUGGGGCAGGUGCUGCGGCUGCAGGCCGACAUCGAUAACCAGUCGGGCAAGGACACCGGCCCGGUGGUGGCCAGUCUGCUGCAGAAAGUGUCCUAUAAGGCCAAACGCUGGAUCUACGACGUGCGGGCCAUCGCGGAUGUGGAGGGUGCCGGAGUCAAGGCCUGGAGGCGGACGCAGUGGCAGGAGCAGAUCCUGGUGCCCGCCCUGCCCCAGUCGGCCCUGCCGGGCUGCAGCCUCAUCCACGUAGACUACUACCUGCAGGUCUCCCUGAAGGUGCCCGAAGCCUCCGUGACCCUCCCGGUCUUCGUCGGCCAUAUCGCUGUGAACCCAGCCCCGCCAAGUCUGCAGCCAGGCCCCGGGCCGCCUCCUGGGGCUCAGUCCUUGGUGGUGCCCUCGGCCCCGCCCCAGGAGGAGGCUGAGGCUGAGGCUGAGGCCACGGCCGGCCAACCCCACUUGGUGGACCCUGUCUCCCUCCUCGCCAAGUGCCACUUGCAGCUGCGGCCACCUGCCGCCCUCGGUGCAGGGCCUGGUGCCCCCGAACCCCAUCCCCUGGGCGGCAGCCCGGCCUCCCGCCCUCUGCCCCCCACCUUGUGCAUCUCCACAGGUGCCGCUGUGCCCUACUUCGCAGAUGGGGCUGGAGGGCCGGUGCCCACUACCAGCACCUUGAUCCUGCCCCCGGAGUACAGCUUGUGGGCCCACCCCUGCGAGGCCCCGCCGUCCUAUGAGCAGAGCUGCAGCAGUGCGGACCCCGGCCUGAUCCCCGGGAGCUGACCCGCUCCGCCUUCUCCCCGCUGGCCGACCUCUGCCACGGGACCUUUGCGCCCGGCCUGACCCGGCCCUCUCAGGACUCGAUGCGCCCGGCGGCCCCCGCGCACGUGGCCUCUCCCGGCCGAGGGCCGGCUGGACCGGACCCACACGGUGUCAAUAAAACAUUGCAUUUGUUGCGCCGGGCGCAGGCCGGCCUCUCGGGCGCCCUCCUGCGGCCGGACGUGCGCGGGCCCAUCCUGGGGGCCCCUCCUCGGGCCCGCCCUCAUCCCGCCCAGGCGAGGCCCCGCCCAACCCUCAACCCCGCCCCCAGGGCGCCAGCCUUUCUCGCCCCGCCCCUUCCGGGCACCUGGCCCUCUCGCCCCUCCCCUCCGGGACGCGCCCCCUUCUGCGCCCCGCCCCUUCCGGGCACCUGGCCCUCUCGCCCCUCCCCUCCUGGACGCGCCCCUUCUCCUAGGUCUCUCCCUCCCUCCCGGGCGCGUUCCCCCGGCCCUGGGAGCUGGGUUUCCCGUGGAGCCCAGGCGUUGGUCCGGAGGCCACCGGUCCCUCCUGUACGCGCACCUUGGCUGGCCCGGCCGGCACCCACCGUUCAGGCGGCGCCGUUCAGAUCGGCGCCGGAGGAGGUCCCGCGGGGGCGAAGGGGCGGGUUUGCCCUUAGCUUCGGCCUCAAGUGUCACGUUGCUGCUGGAGCUACUGCCACGUCUGACAGGCCGCUGCUUGCCUCCAUCCAAGUGGGAGCGCGGGCCUGCUCCUGCGGCCUGUGUUUCCAAGGGCUGUCACCUAGGACUCGAGGAGCCCGCGAGCGGAGCCAGGGUUUUCUAGAGAUGUUUCCCCAGGGGCAUCUGCUGACCUUCCCAGCCCUGCCCGCCUGCCAGUGGUCCUGGAACCAAGUUUGGGAAAACGGGAGGUGGGGUGAAGGCUUGGGUUCAGAGUCUGGCUCUGCCAUAUGGUGACGGGUGGCCACGGGUCUGCUACCUUAAUCAUAACAAACUCAUGGGCCUAGGAAGGGACAGGUCAGCCCCCAUGCCAAGUUGACUUCUUGAACAUUUAGCAGUCCAGAGGGAGGAUGUGGCCUGGUGGUGUGGCUGUCAUUCUCUGGUCCAGGUUCCACCCCUCACCCAGCUUUCUGGGCCUGCCCCCCUCCUGCUUUUGGGGGGACAGGCUGGUAGAUGAUCAUUUUUGCACACAUCCCACUGGCCACCAUUUGCUGUGGGAAAUGUGCUCUUUAUUGGGCAGCCAUGCACCCGGCCAAAUAUUAUUAUUUGUAGGACAAGAAGCGGGUGGAAAAGCACAAAGUAUACCACCAACAGGAUAAUCUAACAUCUGCUAGAGGCUGUCGCCUCAGUCGAAAGGAAAGUCCGCAUGGGUUCAAAUCGCAUCUCUGCCUCUAGACCAGUGGUUCUCUUCCUAACGCCGCGACCCUUUCAUACAGUUCCUCAUGUUGUGGUGACCCCCAAUUUCAUUGUGACAAAUUGAACAUAAUUAAAGCAUAGUGAUUAAUCACAAAAACA